AUGAACGUAGGCGUGUACUUUCUAACCGCGUUCCUUUUGUACACAUCCCUACUGAAUUACAAAACCUUGGUGCACCUGAUUACCCCCGCUUCUGGUGAAAACAUACAGAAGGGGGACAGCCACGUCUAUCGUACCCUUGAUCACUACCUGCACGUUUUUUUAGAGUAUGGGUUCGUUAGCAUCUACCUGUUAGUAGCAAUUCAGCCAAACAGAAAUGUGUACUCGAAGCGGAGUCCCCUCAACUACCUCUUCGCUAAAGGGUUACUAAUAUUUUUUUUCUUCUUCCUGUUCCACUUUAUCAUUAAUAUAAAAAAUAAUUUCCCACUUAACAUUUUUUUUCUAAUCAUUACGACAUUUCACUUGUCUGAGUUUUUCCUGUCCUUCUUACACAACAAAAAUAAUUACAACUAUUACAACUUUUUAGUGAACCCUAAUUGUGGUUACGUUUACUUUUUCAUCCUUACGCUGCUUGAGUAUUACUCGAAGAUUUUUUUUUUCGUCUUGGUGCAUUUUUGUGAGAAGUAUUUGAGCAAGCGGCUCCUCCAGAACCUCCUCAUUGUGAAUUAUUUUUUCCUCAAGAAUUUUUUGCAGAAUGGACAAGGUGUAUGCACCUACUGCUAUGUGAAUCAGAUCCAUUGGGGACAGAGUGGUGGGGGGUUCAGCGUGGGAGCAGCCGCACACCCGGGGGAGCCUUCCUUCCUGCUCCUUCUGCAGAACCGCCUGCGCGUAAGGGGGGAGCUACACAGGGGGGUCUUCUCACUCCCGUUACCAAGACGACAUGGAAUGUCUUCACAAAGCGAUGCAAAAAAGACUGGAGAAGGAGUAGACACAUUUCCCACAUGUGAUGCUUCCCCCCUUGGGAGGACGUACGGAGGGUGUCUCUUCACCAGGGGGUCAUCACCCCCCCUUGACACAACCACAACGUGCAAAACAUAUGAUUUAAAAAAUUCCAUCUACCACAAAAUUGUGCACCAAUACGCAUACAUAUUGGAUAAGUAUGAAGUGAAGGGAAGCUACAAGCGAGCACAAAAGUACCACCUCUUGUGGGUUCUGUUAUGCGUAGUGUUUUGUUUGUUAGGGUUACUGUUGCGAAUAUUAGGCUUGCUUCAUUGCUCUAGGAACUUUUGCUUCUACGUGUUAAGCACCGACCACUUGGUCGACAAGUGCAUAAAGAACAAGCAUACGUUGGUGAAGUCCGGUGUGUACAAGUAUAUGAGGCAUCCCUGCUACACUGGCUGGUUCUACUACGCAUUGUUCUUGCAACUGCUCCUCCUCAACCCGUUCUGCUUCGUGUUAUGUUUUUUCGUAUCGUGGGCAUACUUUUAUCACACAAUCAAAAUGGAAGAGACGUACUUGCUAGAGUGUUACGGCGAAGAGUACAAAAGUUACAAGCGGAAAACACCCAACAUAUAG